CGUCGCCAAGCACAAUGAAAUACGCCCGGGCGGUAUUGCGGAUACUGUCGCCGUAUGAGUUUGUCAACAUCGCGUCGGUGCAACGGAUUACCGAGAUGGGGAAGUCAACUUGCCCCGCGUCGUACGAGUAUAUAAGGUAGAAUAGGUCUGCAGUUCUUUCAGGUUACCACCAUCAAACAGAUCUAUCAUCGACAACAUGGGGUUGUUCAAACCUCAAGAUGGAACGUCCGACCCGAUCAUCACUCGCAUGGUAGCAGAGGAUAAAACUCCUUGGUACAAAAAACGGAACCUCCGAGUUAUGUACCUGUACCUUUUCGUCUGCUGCAUGGGCGUCGAGAUCACAUCCGGCUUCGACUCUCAGCUUAUCAACACGCUACAGUUCUCUGGCCCGUUCAACAAGUACUUUGGAAACGGCCAUAUGGAUAAAGAUGGCAAGGCCAGCAUCGAGCCAGGCCUGCUUGGCUUCAUCUCAUCGUGUUACCAGCUAGGCUCAAUUUUGGCUGUCCCGAUUGUUCCAUGGUUCAAUCAAAAAUACGGAAGACGAUGGUCUGUUGUGGUAGGUUCUUUUAUCAUGGUCGUUGGCGCGAUCCUGCAAGGGUUUGCUCAGCAUGUUGGAAUGUACAUUGUUGCUCGUAUGUUGCUAGGUGUUGGUAUCCUCUUUGCCAUCAUAUCUGGAUCCUCCUUGAUAGGAGAGUUAGCUUAUCCCAAGGAACGACCUGUUUUGACUUCGCUCUUCAACGCCUCGUAUUUCAUAGGAGCCAUUAUCGCCGCUGCCAUUGCCACUCGAACGACUUCAAUAGCAGGUGAUUGGAGUUGGCGUGUACCCUCCUUACUACAGGUUUGCCCAUCGGUGUUGCAGAUUUGUACCGCUUUUUUGCUACCUGAGAGCCCUCGUUGGUUGAUUAGUAAAGACCGCGAUGACGAGGCUUUUGCAGUACUCACCAAGUACCACGCCGAAGGCGACUCCAACUCUGUUCUUGUGCAAGCCGAGAUGGCGCAGAUCCGAUCGACUAUUAAACUCGAGAUGGAACACUCGAAGCAGUCGUGGCUUGACAUGUUCCGAAGUGCAGGCAUGCGUCGCCGCGUUCUCAUCGCCAGCUUCCUUGGGCUGUUCACCCAGAUGAGCGGCAACACACUUCUUUCCUACUACCAAAAUCUACUGUUCGCGAUGAUGGGGUUCAAGUCAUCAUAUGCUAAGACGAGAAUCAAUAUCGCCAACCAAUGUUGGGGAUUCAUGAACGGCGUUUUAAUCGCCUUGUUUGUGACUAGAUUCCGCCGACGGUUGGCUUUUAUGGUGUCGGCUGGCUCAAUGACACUCGUUUUCAUGAGCAUGACCAUCUGCUUCCAAAGGCUUAGACACGCGGAUGAUAAUGACUACACGAACAAGUCAGCACAAUACGCAGCACUGUUCUUUUACUUCGCAUACUCGGCAUGCUACAACAUCGGCAACAAUUCGCUCACAUACACCUAUCUGGUUGAGCUAUUUCCGUAUGCACAGAGAAGUAUGGGCAUCGGUAUUGAGCAGAUAUUCGGAAAGCUCGGUGGUUUCUUCUCGGUCAACGUGAAUCCCGUCGCUUUGACAGCUCUCGACUGGAAAUACCUUGCCAUCUAUUGCGGAUGGAUCAGUUUCGAGUUUUGUUUUGUAUACCUUAUGUACCCCGAGACUUAUAACCGAACGCUGGAGGAACUUGCUUUCCUGUUCGAGGACAAAUCACUUGCAGAUGAGGCCGUCAAAGCUGUCGAGAAGCAAGUUAACGAUGCACACGCUGAUGAACAUGAGACUACGGGGCAUGGCAAAGAAGGAGUGACAACCAUUGAGCGCGCCGCCUAGGUGGUGGGGCCGUCUACGACGAUAAAUUGAGCUAUCCGUGGACAUAGUGCAGAUUGGUGGCAAUAGCAAGGACAGUUUGUGAAUUACAUACUUUUUUCUGUAUCAUGAGAGGAAGACAAUCGGAUUCUCUGCAUCGUACUCAAAGCCACCUUUGUGCUGAUUUUUGAAUGCAGCUACGAUGAGCA